UUGUACUUCCGGAUUUUUUGGUCAUGGCGAUGACUUUGGGUCGACGAAACAUUUCAGGGAUGCUGCGGCGGAUUAUAUGUGCUUCUGGGGCACAUUUAUCACCAAACACCGAGAAAGGGGCUUUUGUCUCUGCAUUGACGAGGUUUCAGAGCUCGACGAGCAUCGUUUAUCCUGAAAGUUAUGUACCGCCGACGUCACUGUCCAGACCACCGUGGCCUGAACUUCCACCAUACAGUCCUGAAGAAGAGGCUCAAAGACAUCAAGCUCUUGUACAGAAGGUGAACGCUCUGAUAAAGAAAGGAGAAUAUGGACGUCUGUUUGCUGUUGUUCAUUUUGCUGCCCGUCAGUGGAAAGUAACCAACGAAGACCUGAUCCUCAUUGAAAACCACCUGGAUGCUGAGUGUGGAGACAGGAUCCGAAUGGAGAAGGUGUUAUUAGUUGGAGGAAAUGAUUUCACUCUCGUUGGAAAGCCACUUCUUGGCAGGGAUUUAGUCCAGGUUCAGGCUACAGUCAUCGAAAAAACCCAAUCCUGGCCAAUGGUGCACAUGAGAUUCUGGAAGAGACACCGAUUCCAGAAGAAGAGAAUCAUUGUUCAACCACAGACCGUCCUCAGGAUCAACACUAUCGAUAUUUCACCCAGGCUGUGUUGACCUCACACCUUUUCUAAAUGCAGCGCCAUGUAAAUAAACUCAAUUUACUCAGUUCUCCACAGAAAUGAACCAUUUUGGCCUGAUUGUAUUUAAUUGUGUUGUACGUCUCAAUAAAUGUUUCUGUGUUUGCCA